AUGGCGGCGAGCGGGGGUAGUCCGGGGCCGCUGGCUGACUUAUUAGAAACGGAAGAGUCGGCAGAUCCGGGUCCGGUUCCUAAUAAGAGGAAGAAGAUUCAGGCGGCGGCGACAGAGUUGGUGGGUGGGAGCAACACAGACAUAGAGGAGGAGAUGCCGCAGAGGAGGACGGAGGGUUCCGAUGCCUCACCUGCUGCCCCUGUCAGCACCCUGCCGCCUCGUCCUCGCUUCCCACCAUUCCCUAAGCCCAGCAAAUCAAAGGAUGUACGGAAGUGGGGCGAGGAGUGUAGAAGGAUUCGCGAGAUUCUUGCAAAAGAUCCUCGUAACAAUCUUCCUACCCGGAGGAAGCCCAAGGAUCCAGACACCACCGAUGCCGUGCAGAGCUCAAGAGACAAGGUGGUGGUUCGGGGUGCGGCACGCUCCAUUGUCAGUGUUUCCUCCGUCACACAAGAUGGGUCGAGGAGACCACAAUGUACUGGCAUCAUCAUGGGUCAGCGUGAAUCUAACGGGAAGCAGCACACUAUAAUAGUGACUUGUUCUAAAGUCGUUUGCAAGGAGGGUACAUUACUUGAUCCCGUACCCAAGCUAUCCGUUGGCUUGCCAAAUAAGACCAUCUUGGACGGACAACUUAUGUUCUUCAACGAUCAUUAUGAUAUUGCUCUACUAGAGAUCGAUGUAGACUUUCCGUUGCAGCGCCCUUCUAUUGGAUCUGGCCCGAACUAUGGUCAGGAGGUUUUUGUGUUGGCUAGGGACAAAGAGUCGUCCUUGAUGGCUAGGCAUGGGGAAAUUCUAUGGUUACAGGAAUCAGCUUAUUUAGGGCGCAACUACCAGAUGUUUCUCAGCUGUGAAGUCCCUGUGGGUGGCAAUGGAGGACCCGUGAUUGACCACGAUGGCAAUGUCAUAGGGAUGGCAUUUUGUCGGAGCCCAGAUUCUGUUGUUCUUUCCAUCUCUACUAUCGUCACAUGCAUUGAGAUGUGGUUGAAGUUCAGUCGUAUUGCUCGCCCCAUACUUGGUUUGGGCAUAAGGACAAUUGAGCUGCUGGAUGUGUCACUCCAGGAGGAAAUCUUUCUUGACCACGACAUUGACAGUGGUUUCAUCGUAGAUAUGGUAUCAUGUGACUCUGCUGCUGAGAGUCUUGGGAUUUUACCUGGAGAUGUGAUUAUUUCAUUCGAUGAGCGGCAUGCUCUACCUUUACCUCAGUUGGAAGAUUAUCUUCUCUCUCUGGGUUGGACAUUCUUGAACAAUUCAAGCUCCAUGGUUGAUCUCAAGCUUGAAGUUUAUGAUCUCAUCAAGCAGAGCAAGAGAAGCAUCACUUUGCCCGUAGGAUUCUGUGAUGCUUGAGUAAAAACUUAAAGUUAGCACUCUCUGAACCUUUUCUUGCCUUUUGUUUUCCUACCACUUGUCCUCAACCACUUCUUGUUGUACCUUAGGUAAUAAACUUUGUGCUUGAUAAAGUUAUGUGCUGUUAAGGUCCCUGCACUUAAGUGCAUGCUUAGGCCAAGUGAGCCAAAGUUGCAGGCACCUGAGCUGCAUGUGCAUGAUGUCCAUGCAUGCAUGUUCUAUAAAAGUUGCAGUUUUGAUGGUUGCAAUUUAUUUAGUUUGAAUGUAGUAUGGAAUUGUUUUAAAACAAAACUAGCAUGUGGGAAUUUAGGUUGAUUCGUGCAGAUGACUUCAUGAGAUGCUGCCUGAUAACAAGUUUAGGUGUGUGAUAAGCCUGACUACUUUGUAGUACUUCUGUUUGGCUGAACGGUCUCCUAUAGGCCUUUGUGAUUUACUUACUGUUGUGGUACUCUUUUAGGUGAGACCUCUAAUUGAUAGGAUAUGUUGCACUGUUUGUAGGGCGUAGGAAGGUGCCACCUUUGGGAGACAUCUUCUUAUAUACAUAUAACAAGUAAAUUUAUGUCUAAAUUAAGGGCCUCUUCUUUCUAUUUUGCCCCCGGGCCUAUCAAAUAUCAGGACCGGCCCUGUGCCUAAUCAACGAUUUUUAAGCUAUUUUCCCCUGUGUUUUGUUCAUAUUCCAACCAUGAUAUGGCCAUAAACUCUCACGGAUAUCACCAGAUUUGUGGGGUGAGAAUGCUGAGAAUAGUGGUGAUUCUGCUGGAAAAAAGCUAGGCCAUAAGAUCAAACAGUGGUGUGAGAACAAGUCCAUGUCCUAUACUUCUGCACCAGACCAGAUGUCGAAGUCAGCCAAAUGGAAGCAUUGGAACUCCAGUCAACCGAAACCGGUUCAAGCUCAACUUCUUCUGAGGGUGACUGGUGAGGACGUUGGAGAAAGAUCAGUUACAGACUUGUCUCUGGCAGAAAGAAGGCGGUUAGUGACCGUUGUAUAGGCCUGGACACCAUGACAUGUGGUGUUUGAGAUGCAUUUGGGCUCCAACUGAGAAGUUUGUAAGGGGAGCGUACGGUAUGAUUGCUGAUGCGUAUUUGCUUCUCUGACCUGGUUCUGUCUUCA